GAAAGCCUCUGUUUGCCAGGGAAAUCGAAUAAACACGGACCUUGUACAGAAGAAACAGCGGCAAUGCCAAGCAGUUUAAAUUCGAUUUCAGGUGGAUCCCAUUCUAGUGGAUCCCGCAGAGGUAAAACUCGGCAAUAUCGCACCUUAAACCAACAUUCACAUGUUGAUGAAUGUCUUUUCGGAGAGCCACACUCCCAGCAAAUGAGACAUGCCAAGCUGAAAGAGAGUUUCAUGAAUUCACAGGAAAUACCAUCAUAUAAUCAAGGUAUAUCUAUCGAGCACCUGGCACAUGAGAGAAAUGCAAAUCGUAGGAAUGGCCAGGGCAAGAAACAGAAGGAGCUUGUGACAGUUAUAACCAAGGAUCUCAUCAGAAAAUUAAUCGUUCCCUCUGAGGACCCAUCUGGUGAUUCCAUUAUCAUUCCCAGAGAACAGUUUUUCCGUAUCCUUCAAGCAUCCAGGGUCUUGUCUAAGGAAGAGAGGGAAGCAGAGGCGGAGAAACAGAGACAAGAAAGAGACAAGGCUAUGGAUGAUGCCCAGGAACGUAAGAAUCGCCUGAAGCAGCUGGACAUCACUCGGCACAAAAAUGCUAAACUCAACGACUUGGAGGAAGAAGCCAAGGAAAGAGCAGAACACCUACUUGCCAAAGCCAAUGAGCUCAGGCAGGAGCAGGAAGAAGAGAUCAAGAAGCUGAAUGAGGCAAUUCUAAAUGCCAAAUGCCAUGCUAUUCGUGAUGCACAGCUUUUGGAGAAGGAGCAAAUCAAGAAGGAGAUGACCGAAGAAGAGAAACGACUGGAUAUUAUGAUGGAGGUUGAUCGCCAGAAUGCCCUUAAACUGUAUGAAGAGAUUGAGAAGAGGAGAAAAGAGGAACAGCUCAUUGGUGCUGCCAAGCUCCUGGAGCAGAUUGACGAGGUUGAAAAGGAGAAGUUAUUUGAGCUGGAACGGAAGGACCAGGAAAAUUUGCAGAUGCAGAG